GAGUUUGGACAUAAAGAAAGAGCCCCUCGCUAUGACUCAAACCAACAAAAGCAGAUUUCUUGGGAGGCAAAUGCAUAAAUAAAUCACGGACUCCCGCCAAUGUGCAUUCAGAUUGCUUUGUUCCGUGUUUUUUUUGAAGAUUGGGAGAAGAAUCCACCGGGUAGGAUGAAAUAGAUUGCUUUCCCUGUUCAUUUUGAGGGUCGGGAGAAGAAUGUACCGCCCAGGAUGAAAUACAUUGAGCUGGUGUAGGAAUUUUCGCUUUUGUUUGAUAAGAAUGGGCGAUCAAAAUGAUCAUGAAGAGGAUGAGCUGUAUGCAGAUCUGUAUGAAGAUCUUGAAGAUGGCAGACAGCUUCCCAAGACAUCUAUACUCCAGAUGGAGGAGAGGAUUUCUGAGAUCACCAACCAAACUCAGGAGUUGCAAAUCGAGAUCGAAACUUUGCGAAAACAGAAUCACUCCUUACAACGAGACAAGGAUGUCUUGAUUCGCAACAUUUCAUGCUUAUUCAAGACUGCACAAAUGGAAAUUGCAAGGAAGAACAAACAAAUUAAUGACCUUCGCAAAGAGGUUUCCCAGCUGAAAACUCAAGAAUCACAUCCAAAAUCUUUAAUGUCAACAGAGGCACAAAUAAAGAUCAAAUCUGAGGAACUUUUAUGGGACAGCUAUUCAAACAAAGUACAGGACAAUGGUCGCCAAGAACCUAGAGAUGCAGAUGCAUUAAUGGAGAUGGACAGGCUCAGCCCAUAUGAUACAAAAGCUAUGAACAAAGUAUCAGGAGAUAAAAAUGCUUACCAAAAAGAAUUGGCUGAAUUAAAUGCCAAUGAUAAACCAAUCCAGUAUUUCAGGGAUACAAGAAGGCCAAGACUUCUUGAUGACGAAAGGAGCUCAGGAGGUAUACAAAGUAAAGAUGAUAAGAACUUUUUUAAGGGUCACCAUGAAAACAGAAUGGAAGAAAAUAGUUUCAAUACGCAAAGUAAAGAGGAUAAGAACUUUUUUAAAGGUCACCAUGAAAACAGAAUGGAAGAAAAUAGUUUCAGGCAUGAUAAAAGAGAGUGCCAGUCACAGAAGAAAGUUGUUAUGCAGGACCAUCACAAUGGGAAUGAUCAAGUCACGCAACAUUGGAAGCAAGAUAGGGUCAGUUACAAUGAAUUUAGAGAUUACAGGACAUCACAAACGAGGGAGAGGGAUGGUAGAAGUAGCCCAAGAUCUGCAGCCUUCAGAUCAAUGAAUGAAAAAAAGAUAUUUUCCGGUGAUGCUAGCCGUACAGUUUCUAGAAAUUCCAGUGUAAAAAGGAAAGUUUCUGAUGCAGCCUAUACACGCAAAAUAGAUUCUUAUGAUGAUUCGUCUUUAUUUAAAAUACGGAAAAGUAAUUCUUUUGUUCAUAAUAGAUCUGGCGAAAAGAGAUUUAAUAAUGCUUAGCAUUGAGAACAGGGAAGCUUUAAGGAACAAAGUAAAGGAAUAAUUCCAAGGAAGCAAAGAACUUAGGUCAAGUGCAGGUUGAGAAUGAAUUAUGAAAGUUUAUAGGGGUUGGGGAUUCAGGUAUAGUUAUUUGAUAGCUUGCCAUUAGAUGAAUGAUCAAUUCUUUUCUGUGAUGGAAAUUGUAAAUUACAUUCCUUAUUAUAUACUAUUCAUUUGCUUCCUUCAA